AUGCUUUUACUUUCAAAUUCAACUUCCAAUUCCUCGCCAAACUCCGCAGACUCCAAAGACAACCCGCAGCCAGAACUCCCUGCAGCAGCUCGUGGGGCCCCCCUGCUGCAGCAGCAGCAGCAGCAGCAGCAGCAGCAGCAGCAACUCGCGUGGAACAGCCUGCAGCAGCAGCAGCAGCAGCAGCAGCAGCAGCAGCAGCAGCAGCAGCAAUAUGAAGAGCAGCAGCAGCGGCACGAGCAGCAAUAUGAAGAGCGGCAGCAGCAGGAGCACUGCGAGCAGCAGCAGCAGCGACGUGAGCAGCGGCAGCAGCAGCAGCAACGUGAGCAGCGGCAGCAGCAGCAGCAGCACGAGGAGCAGCAGGAGCCGCCGCAAGAUGAGCAGCAGCAGCAGCGGCUGGAGCAGGCGCAGCAGCAGCAGCGGCGGGAGCAGCAGCUGCGGCC